AUGGCAAAUGAUAAUAUAACUUCAUUUAUAUUGAAAUUGAAAUAAUUAUUUUAGCUUGAGAUUAGACUAUUUAAGGGAAAGAAAAAGGAAAACUGGAAUAGAGAAAUUGAUCUUAAUAUAUAUAUAUCAAUAUCAUUGUAUAUGAUAAUAGGUUUUUUUUAUAUAUAAGUUAUUUCCAAACCUACUAAUAGUGAUUUCAUUUAAGGAGAUGGCUACUUACGAAUUUGGAAUGCAAUUUGCUUAAUAAUUAAUGUAAGUGUUUAAUGGCCAUUAUUUGAUCAUAAAAUUAUCACAAAAUUAAUUAUAUUAAUUAUUAUAGUCACAAGCUGCAAUAUUACGCAAUCAAUGUCAGAAUUAGAAUCUUUUGGAGUGGUUUCAAUUACGGUUAUUGUUGUGUUAUUCGUUUAUUCAAUCUCAGGAGCGUUCUUUGAGCAUAAACAUAUCCACAUAAUUCAUGAGACUGGUUUGGGAAUUUUGCUGGGAAUACUGAGUGGAUUCAUUUUUUAUCUUCUCUUUGAGGAUACAUUGCGGUCAUUAUAUACUUUUAAUGGCACAUUCUUUUUCUAUAUUCUUUUACCGAUAAUUAUAUUUUGUGGAGGUUAUAACUUAAACAAAAGAAGAUUUGCAUAAAAUUUCUUCUAUAUAGUGUUAUUUGGAUUAUUAGGAACAAUAUUCACUUUUAUUUUUAUCCUAAUUUUCACAUGGAUAGUGAAUGAAAACGACUUGAUAACUGAAUCCUUCGACAAAAAUGUCAUAAAACUGAGCUUUGAGAACAUCAUGAUUUUUGCAGCAACCAUUUGUGCCUCUGACAGUGUAGCAGCCUUGACAAUGAUUAAGCCAGAAAAAUAUCCUAAAUUAUUUAGUGUUGUCUUUGGCGAAGGGAUGGUCAAUGAUGCAGUAUCCAUUAUCCUCUUCAUUUCAGUUGAAUUAAUAAGUAAUGAACAUGUAGAAACUUGGAAAAUGCCAUUGGAAUUAAUUUGGUUAUUCAUAAAGGAGUUCUUUGGAAGCAUGAUUAUUGGGAUAUUAUUUGGAUUAUUCACAUCGUUUUUGUUUAAACGUUUAAGAUUUUUGACAGAGUCUGUGAUUCUCGAAAUUAUUAUUUUACUAUAUGUUGGUUAUGCAUCAUUUGCGAUUUGCGAGUUAUUAGAAUUAAGUGGUGUAAUCAGUGUUUUGGUUUGUGGAAUAGCUUUGGCUCAUUAUAAUUUUUACAACCUUUGCAACCUAGGGCAAAUAUCAUCAAAAAUAACUUUAAAUUCCCUAUCACUCUUUUGUGAAUCAUUUAUCUAUGUGUAUCUUGGCCUAGCCUUAUGGGCUAUAAAAGGUGAUGAGAAAAAUGGAAUUGAUACAAUGAAGACAAGUUGGGUUUUCAUUUUGCUUGAAAUAGCAAUAUGUUUUGUCUCCAGAGGAUUAUCCUUAUUUUUAUUGACAAUGAUAUCACAAAUUUUUACUGGUAGAUAGAACUUUAAAUUAACCUUUUGGGAGCUCAAUAUUGUUUGGUUUGCAGGACUUAUAAGAGGAUCAGUUGCUUAUGCUCUUAUACAAAAACUUCACUACGAAGGUGACGAAGAGUAAACAUAGGUUGAGCUCAUGUAAACAACAAUACUGAUUAUUGUUAUCAUAACAACUAUUAUACUUGGGGCACUUAUGCCUUUUUAUAUUUCAAGAAAUUUAUAAAUACAGGAGCAUCGUAACAAAAAAAAGAAAGUCUAGCAUUGCGAAAGCAUUAGAGUUACGUUUUUAGGGGAAAUACAAGGAGGUAUUGGGGAAAAUGAGGAAAAAUAUACUAAAAAAAAGUCUAAAUUCUAUAGAUGGUUAGCCCACAUUGAGGAAAAGUAUAUGAAACAAUGGUUUAUUUACAAUUAUAGCGAAAGAAAAUAAGAAAUUAAAGAGCAAAAGUAAUUAUAAAAAAAAGCUAAUGAUGGAAAUUUACCAAGAAGAUAAACUGUUCAAUUCCAAAGAUAAGAUAGUUAGGGAUACAAUACUAGAGUGUCGAAAGUUAUUCAUAGAUCAACUAUAAACUCGAAAUAUACCGGAGUUUAAUAAAUAAUUCUUAGUAUUGAUGUGCCUAACGAGGUGCAAUAGUAUUCAAACAAUGAGGAACUGAAAACUUAAAUGCAAGAUCAGAAUGAUAUUAGAGAAGUUGAUGAAAAUUUAGAAUAAUCAAAUAUAAAGUGA